CACGGGCAGAGCCAGCGCCCGGAGCCGCCGGGAGCCGGGGCCGGGGCUCAGCCCCGGGUUCCCCCGUCAUGAAUAUUCAGCCGUUGCCUGGCCCGGCCCCGCUGUUUGCUCACGCAGGAGGGGUUUGGUCGCGGGUUCACCUUGACCGGCAGCAAACGGGGCAGUGGCAGGUAGGCAGAUCCCAACCGGAGCCAUCCCGGCACCCCUCGAGCUGGGCGGCUGCAGCAGAGACCGGGAAGUGCAGGGCGCAGCAGCGAUGGCCGAGAGCCACGGCUGGUGGAAGCUGACGUUCCUGCGGAAGCGGCAGUCGACACCAACGGUGCUGUACGAGAGCCCCGACAGCCACGGUGCCAGCACCGGCGCCGGUGCCAGCCAGGAAGGGCCGGGCCAGGAGGGGCCGCCCGGGUUCACCGCGCGGCUGGAGAAGCUGGUGGACAAGAGCAGCAAAGGCAAACACGUCAAGGUCUCCAACUCGGGGCGCUUCAAGGAGAAGAAGAAAGUGAGGGCGACGCUGGCCGAGAACCCCAACCUCUGCCCCGGCGGCGAGCAGGAGGAGAAAUGACCCGGAUCGUUGUCGCCUUCCGGGAAUGCCGGCCCAUGGGGAUUCAGAAGGGGAAAUGACUGGUGUUGAUUGAAGGGCCAAGCAAAGACCCUGUUUCAUUGCAGCCACCGGGCUUGCAGCACCCCAGGGCAGAGGGAGAACUGGGAAUCAGAGCCAGGAGCCUCUUGGACUGGAGGAACCCCCUGAGCACUGACUGGUUCAUACUGGGAUGAUGAUGCUCACCCUGGUUGCUUGCCACGGAGCACCAGAGCCCAUCGCUCACCCGGUUCUACCACAGCUCUGAUCCCAUUCCCAGUCCCCUCCUACCCAUCACUCCUGCGGGGGCAAGACCUGGGGACCCCCCCGGCUCAUCCCCAAGCCCAAGGGGCUGCGUGGCCAUGGGCAGAGCCACUGAGGCAGAGCCAGUGACGCCGUGUCCUUGCCAGGAUCACCCCCAAAAUGAAGGAUGUGACACAUAGGGAACAACCCUAUGGGCAAAGUCCCCCCUGAGCUGCCUCCAUGGGGGGCUCCGGGCUUCCCAGGAGGAGCCAGAUUCCUGCUCACACCCGGGAAUCACUGCCUGAUCCCGGAAGCAUCCCAGAGCCAGGCCGGGGGGUGUUGGGGUUGUCAGAAGCUGAUAAUUAACUGGUGUUAAUAAACGGGGUGUGGAAGCAAA